AUGGGGUGUCAUGUAACUAAAAAUCCCAACUCUGACUAAAAAUUCAGGGAAUAAGUAAUUACCGAUGAAAUGUUACAAGAGUGCAAAGUGGAUGAAGAUGUGAAAUCCAGAAUAAGCGUUUACAAUCAAGCUCUUGAGAAAAUGCAGAAGAUUCCAAAACUAAGGAAUGCAAGUAUUUUAAGAUUUAUUGUAGUAUUCAAUCCAAUAGUUUAGAGAAGAAAAAUGCAGAAAUUCGAUGAAGAUUGA